AUGAGCGAACAAGAACCUCCAGCUCCUGCACAGGGACAAGAACAAACAAUAACACCCCUCCAAACCCUCGAGGACCCCCUGAUAUCGGAAUCCAGCGCCACCGCACCAGUCAACCUGCCCCGUAUCACAAUCACCUUCUGCACUCAGUGUAAAUGGAUGCUUCGAGCGGCCUAUUUCGCUCAGGAGCUUCUUUCUACUUUCUCCACGGCACUGGGCGAAGUAGCUCUCGUCCCUGCUACAGGCGGCGUGUUCACCAUCACCAUGCAAUAUGCGUCUAACGUGAAUUUCACCACCCAUACCAGUACGCUUUGGGAUCGGAAGGUGAACGGUGGGUUUCCUGAGGCGAAGCAGCUCAAGGCUCUGGUAAGGGAUAUUAUUGAUCCGUCGAGAGACCUAGGGCAUAUCGAUCGUGCUCUGGCAAAGGGGCGGGUGGUCGAUGGGGAGGAUGGUCAGGAACAGGUGCAGGGCCAAGGCCAGGAUCGGGGCCAGGAUCAAGACCAGGCUGAUUCUGGCGAGUCAGGGGCGUGUGAAGAUUGUAAAUAA